AAUCAGGUUGUUUUUAUGGCUGCAGUUGCUGACAAGUCAGGUGAAGCAGCGCCAGUAGAGGCGGCUGCUAAUGACAAGAAGAACAAUUCGGAGGUGGAAACAGCCAAAUCAGAACCAAAGGAAUUCAAUGUGCAGAAUCUGGUUGAUAUGUUCACAAAGUUGAAUCCUUUGGCCAAAGAAUUUUUCCCAUCAUCCUAUCACCAAAAUGAGACCAACAAUGAGAGUAAAUUUAAUCUGGUGCCUGUUGAUAACAAAUCAGCUGGAAACAAGAAUAACUCCAACAGAAGGAGAAGAAAUAACUUCAACCAAGGUAGGAGAAGGCUCAAUGGUAAAGCUUUUCGAGCUCAGCGAGAUGAUAGUAUCAGGCAAACGGUAUAUGUUUCUGAUAUUGAUCAGAAUGUUACUGAAGAGCAACUUGCUGGCUUAUUUAGUAAUUGUGGACAAGUUGUUGAUUGCCGAGUUUGUGCUGAUCCACAUUCAGUUCUUCAGUUUGCAUUUGUGGAAUUCGCAGAUGAAGAAGGUGCAAGGGCUGCUUUGAACCUCAAUGGGAUAAUGUUGGGGUUUUAUCCAGUUAGGGUCUUGCCUUCAAAAACUGCCAUCCUCCCUGUGAACCCCACGUUUCUCCCGAGGUCGGAAGAUGAAAGGGAGAUGUGUACCAGGACGGUUUAUUGUACAAAUAUUGACAAGAAGCUUUCUCAAGCUGAAGUGAAUAAUUUCUUCGAAUCAGCCUGUGGUGAGGUCACUCGAUUGAGGCUUUUAGGGGAUAAUGUGCAUUCAACCCAUAUUGCUUUUAUUGAAUUCGCCAUGGCGGAAAGUGCCAUAACCGCUCUGAAUUGUAGCAGGAUGGUGUUAGGAACCCAGGCCAUCAGGGUAAGUCCUUCAAAAACACCCGUGAGGCCGCGAGUUACCCGUCCAACAUUGCUUUAAUCAAUCGUCAACCGAGCCUUUUGGGAUGGUUAAGUACUUCCCUUUGUUUCAUCCUUUCUAUCUUUUUCCGCCGCCUUUUUGUUUUCGACACGAGAUACUGUGAUGCUUCUGGUUGAAGCUUCACCUUGAGAUUUUUGCCCUUGUUUUGACAAUCCCAUAUCAG